CAUCUAAGUUUAGGUUAUUAGAAUGUUGCUAAUUUGGUAAAUUACACACCAAAAUACGCGUAUCGUUUGUCAGAAUCUAAUGUGGCGUCUAAUUUACCCCUUUUUAACAAUUCGUCACCUGAUUUCAUCGACGUCAAUAUUAACCGAUUAGAAUAACCGUGAUGAGCAUAAUAGAGCCAAAUUUAGAGAGAGAUUAUACGAAAGUUUCUAGCAAGGUAUCAGAAAAGAACGUUAUUGUUACAGGCGCAGCUAAUGGUUUAGGUAAGGAAUUAGUACUUGAGUUAUUAGACCAUGGCGCUACUAUUCUUGCUGCUGAUAUUGAUGAAAAGGGUCUAAGUAAACUGACAAAACAUCCAAGACUCUUCACGAAACAAGUUGACGUCACAAAUUAUCACAAUCAACUGUCGUUAUUCAGAUACGCGAGGGAGGUGUUAGGAAGAAUAGACAUCGUGUAUGCCAACGCAGCCGUCGGGAAUAGCCCAGAUUACACUUCAGAUAUAAACGACGAAAUUGAACCAGAUUUGAGAGUGGUCGAUAUCAACGUCAAGGGUGUUCUUUAUACUACCCAUCUCGCAGUGAAGGCUUUCAGGGAGGACAAAAGAGAUAAUAUCGCUCAAGAUCAAUGCAUCGUUCUCACAGGUUCUUUCACUUCUUUCUUGUCAACACCAGCAUAUCCAGCACCUUAUGCUGCUUCGAAGCACGCUGUAUGGUCAAUGAUGCGUUCCUUAGCCACACAGGGGGAAGUAGAAGGCUUCCGUGCUAACAUCAUAUGUCCUUGGUUUGCACCAACAGCGAUGGUUAUUCCUUCAGUUAGGCUCCUUUUGACUGGUGUAGGCAUGGCUAAAGUCGAGCCUAUCAUCCGCGCUUUUGUCAUAGCUGGUAGUGAUCCAUCACUCUCAGGUAACGGUUUUGUUAUCGAUACUAACGGACUGUUCAUCAUUCCUGCAACAUUGAUUGAUGCACAAUGUGCAAUAGCAUUCAGACAACGUUUCAUUAAUGUCCUUAAAAUUCAGAAUACCUUACGUACUUAUCACACACCGAUUAGAUUUAUAGGUAGCCUCUUAGGGGCAAUCGGUGUACUCAUGGGAGUAAGUUUUGCAACAUCAUAUCUCAACAUAAAAUUAAUUUGAAAUUUCCAUUCAUGAUAAAUUUACUCGUCACUGUCAUACUCAUCGCUAUCGCUGUCGCUAUCUUCUGAAGAAAUUGGACCGAUGUCUAAUAAUUGUCUAUUUGAAUUAGUUUGACGCGGUUUGAAAUCCUGGUCGUGGUCUAUGUUAUCUUUCUCAUCGUUGAGAUCCCAAAUAAGUAUAUAAGAGGGUAUGAUAUUAUAUUGCUUCGCUAAACCUGCAAUACGACUAGCUAGACUCGUUUCAGAUUCGCAAAUCAAAAAUAAAUCUCUAUGAUGUGCGUAAAUAUGCGAAACUAUUCUAGAUAGUUUCCGCAAUAUAGUUUUUUGGGUAUCAGAUGAAGUUGACGAUGUAUUCAAAUCGUCCACUAUACUAUUCAGAUUGUGUAUACUAUACUCAAGCGCUGAACAUUUUGAUCUUCUAUGAUUGGAAUGUGAAACACAAACGAAAGAAGCAUCUUUUGCUGUCAUUUCCGGACAUCUACAGUUCUCCUGUAAAAGUGUCAUCCAAGGUGUGUUGAGUUCCUUCGUAAUUCUCCUCAGGUGUUCGUAUAUCCAUUGAUUUUCGCUGGCUUGUCCUAAAGAAUCCGGUAGAGAAACCAAGCUAUUAACAUCAUGCUUGGAUUUUAUCAGGUAAUUUAGAUGUUCUUGUAGGUCAAAACAGCUGUCAUGUGUACUUGUGCUGGAUUGUGCAUUCUCAAAUGAAUCCCUACGCAUACCUUUCCUCACACGUAUUCUCUUUCUAGCUACAAGCUCCUCGUUGUUCUCUCGAUGAUCGUCUUCUCUAUCGCCAUUCUUGCUAGAAGGCUCCACUUCGGGUGUGUGAAGCACAGUACCACUGAUUUUUUGCUUCUUAACCAAAUUAAACUUCUGCUGCUGAGAUUUCAGUAUCUCCUGGCUCAUUUUACGCUCUAAACCGGAAGUAGCACCGUCAGACUUUGUAACGAUAGCUUGAGCAGUCGUAGCAGUAGCUAUUGGUGCUGGACUGUGUAAUUUAUUCGACGUGCGUAGGCUAUUGUUCGAUUUUUUCUUACUCACUUCAGCCAUUCUAGCUCAGCGUUUAUUAUC